GACACAGCUCUCAAGAGGUGUGUGCCUGGUGUUCCUAGUAGGUGGGAGCUCUGAGUCUCUAUGUCUGGACCACCAUGGCAUGUGCAGGGCCAGCCAGUGGGCGGCAGCGGGUAAGCAUGCAGGAACACAUGGCCAUCGAUGUGAGCCCUGGCCCCAUACGGCCCAUCCGCCUCAUUUCCGACUACUUCCCACACUUCUACCCCUUCUUGGAGCCGGUGCUGCAUGCACCAGAUCGGCAGGCAAUGCUGGCCCCGGCCAUCCACUCUGCACCCCAGCUGCAGCCCAACCCUGAGCCCGAAGGAGACUCGGAUGACAGCACUGCCCUAGGCACCCUGGAGUUCACACUUCUCUUUGAUGCGGAUAACAGCGCCCUGCAUUGCACAGCCCAUUGUGCAAAGGGCCUCAAGCCACCAGCUGCAGGCUCUGUGGACACCUAUGUCAAAGCCAACUUGCUGCCAGGGGCCAGCAAGGCCAGCCAGCUUCGGACACGCACUGUUCGAGGUACCAAGGAGCCUGUGUGGGAGGAGACACUCACCUAUCAUGGCUUUACUUGCCAGGAUGCUGGACGGAAGACCCUGAGGCUAUGUGUGUGUGAGGACUCACGGCUGCGGCGCCGACGGCGAGCACCCCCCUUGGGGGAGCUACGAGUGCCCCUGAGGAAGCUGGUACCAAACCGAGCCAGGAGCUUUGACAUCUGUCUGGAGAAGCAGAGGCUGACCAAGAGGCCCAAGAGCCAGGACACAGCUCGUGGCAUGUCUCUGUAUGAGGAGGAGGAGAUGGAGGCAGAGGUGUUUGGGGAGGAACGUGGGCGCAUCCUACUGUCCCUGUGCUACAGCUCUGAGCGUGGUGGCCUGCUGGUGGGUGUGCUACGCUGCGCCCACCUUGCUCCCAUGGACGCCAAUGGCUACUCAGACCCCUUUGUCUGCCUUUUCCUGCAUCCAAGUUCUGGGAAGAAAUCCAAAUAUAAGACCAGUGUUCGAAGGAAGACCCUGAACCCUGAGUUCAACGAAGAAUUCUUUUACGCAGGUCAUCGGGAGGAGCUGGCCCAGAAGGCACUGCUGGUGUCUGUGUGGGACUAUGACCUGGGUACAGCUGAUGAUUUCAUUGGUGGGGUGCAGCUGAGUGGCAGAGCCAGUGGGGAGCGCCUGCGCCACUGGCUUGAGUGCCUAGGCCACUGUGACCACCGGCUGGAACUGUGGCACCUGCUGGACAGUGUGCCCCCUCAACUUGGUGACUAGUCAGCACAGGGCCCUGCUUGCAACCAGCUCAGGGGCCAAGAUGUCUGCUGCAUGUGGAAAGAGCUCUGGGUUGCCCCAUCUGCUAUGCACAUUCUUCUCUCCUUCCAGUCAUGCAACCCCCAAACACAAAGCAAAAUAAACACCUGCUUCUGC